AUGGACACCUGGGAAUUGAGCAACCGCUUUGCAAUCCUCCAGCGAGACGCUACGGACCCUCCCCCUCCGCCAGCGCCAGCAGUGCGUUCCUACGCCGCUGCAGCAGCCGCAGCCCGCCCAGAUGCGCCUUCCGAACCGCCAGCAGCGCCCCGCGUUUCCGCUCCCUCAAAAACCCGCGCCCCGCACCUCCCUCAUUGCCGGCACCGCGGACCUCCCCGCGACGCACUUCCUCCGCGCCCUCCCCGAGCACCGUAUCCUCCCCUGCAUGCGCAAGAUGAUGGUCAGCUCGUCCCUCAACCCCUCGACCCUCGUCUAUGCCCGUCGCAUGGAGAAAGGCGACGUACAACUCGUCACUCGCGGACCCUCGGCUGCCGACCUCCUCCGCCGCGCCCUCUCCGCCUACUCGGCCGAGAUCUUGGUGAAGAUGCCGGUCGAGGCAACGUUGUUGGUGCUGCACUGGGUGCCGGUCGAUGCGGACGAGGUGGAGGUGCGAGAGAAGGUAGAGGAGUGGGUCGGCAAGGAGGGGAAGGUUGCCGGAGCCAGGUGGCUGUCGCGGCGGGCGGACAAGUCGUAUGGGUCGUGAUUGGUGGAGCUGUGCAACGCGGAGGACGUCAGCGUGAUCCUGCGCGAGGCAGUCUGCCAGCUCAGACCCGGAGUGUGGGUAGAAAUGGAGAGGGCCAAGUCGGUGGCGGAGAGGAGAGCCGAAGCGAGCCAGCGGGCAAACAGGGCGAACGCACCCCUCAAUCCCGACACCCGCACAUCCACCCCGGUCCACAACUCCGCCGCUCCCUUCCCCUUGCCCGAUCCGACCAUCCCAGCCCCGCCUCGCACGCCACCCCGCUCGACUGGGUACGCAACAAUGGUCUCCGGGUUCCUCGGCACGACGGCGAGCCGAACAACUCGUCGCGGAUGAUGGUCGACGAGUCCUCAGCCGACGGCCCUUCCCGCUUCCUCGAGACGCCGUCGAGGGCAUCCCUGCUCCCCCUCCCUCGUUUGCCGACCCCGACAGUCAAUGACCUGCGACCCGAGCCAGUGGCGGACUGGUCGAUGGAUGUGGAAGAAGAAGGGGGCGGAAGGGAGGCGAGAGGCGAGUCGGAGGGGGAGGAGGACGUGUCGACGGAGACGGAUGGAGCGGCGCAGCCGGGUGCGGGAGGCGUGAGCGAGAGGGACGGAAGGAAGACGGAAGAGAAGAGGAGCGAGGCGAAGAAAGGGGAGGGCGAGGAAGCGCCGAAGGGGAGGGAGUCGAGGAGGCUGGCGCUGAGGGAGAAGAACCUGUUGCAGACCGAAGGAGUGCGUCGUCUUAUCGUCCGAGGACGAGUUGCUCCUCCGCCCCAACCCGCCGCCGCCGCCUUCGCAAGUGAGGAGGACGACGAAGACGAGCCUCCGCUUAUGAGCGAGCUCGUCAUCGUCACGUAUAACAUCCAACGCAGUCCACUCGUGUGGACGCAACUCGUCAACUCGCCUGCACUUCGGCGAGUCGACGUCCUCCUCCUCCAAGAAGUGCCCCGCUCCCCCCAUCCUUUGCCGCGCGGCUGGUCCCUCGUCCUCCCUCCGCCCGUCACAUACACAACCGACGAGCCAACUCACCCUCGAUCCGCCGCGCUCCUCGCCCCUCGCUUUCCACCCUCCUCCUUCUCGCAACUCCCGAUCGCGUCGAGAGACGUUGUCGGCGUCCAUCUGCGAGUCAACGAACACGAGUCAGUACGAGUUGUCGGGGUGUACAAUCCGUGUGCAGGCGGCCGCUCUCCGCCAAACCGCUCAGUCCGAGACGUCCUCCAUGCCGUCCUCGCCUCGUCGCCGGCUCAGAGCACCCUCGUCGUCGCCGGCGACUUCAAUCUCCAUCAUCCCGCCUGGGACCCGUCUGUCCUCGAAGCCGUCAACGAGGCUGAAGAUGCGCGACUCACCUUCAAGGACGCUGGACUUGUCCACCUGCAUGAGGCGAGCGAGGCAACCUGGUCGUCGUCGAGGUCGAGUUGGGUGCUCGACCUGGUGCUGGUGAAUCUGCGCUCGGAGGAACGACUCGUCAGCUCAGCUGUCCACGAGAAGCUCGAGUGCGGAUCGGAUCACCGCCCAAUACGCACCAUCCUUGCGGUUGAACGAGCAGAGUGCCCGCCGGCCUACCCUCGUCGCCUUUUCCGCAAAGCCGACCCCUCAGCUAUCCUACGCUCCUUCUCAAAGCUCGCCUCCUCAUCCACCGCCCCUGAGGCCCUCCUUACACCAGCCGACAUCGAUGCCGAGGCCGAGGUCCUGAACUCGCUUCUCCGCGAGACCGUCUCGGCCGCCAUCCCGCUGGCCAAGCCGGCGCGUUCACGCUUCGCGCACAGGUGGUGGAACGCUGAAGUCGCAGCAGCCGUCGAGGAGGCGAGGCGAGCGCGGACUCGCGCGUAUCGACUGAAGGCGAGAAGAGGCGAGGGAGAGGAAGGAGAGAGGGAACUGGCGAUACGGAAGGCGCGGAUGGCGACGAAUAAGGCGAAGGCAGUGAUCCGGCGAGAGAAGAGACGAGCGGAACGGGCGGAAGUCGAGGAAGUUGAUGAGGCAUCGUUGUGGAAGGUGGUGAAGAGGAGAUUGGGGGAGGGAGGAUCAGCCGCCACGUUGACUCCGCCACUCAAGAAGGAGGACAGGACGUACGCGUCGUCGCCGAUUGACAAGCUGGCGCUCCUCCAACCUGUCCUGCUGCCGGUGGUUGAGGCGCCAGAGGUCGAAGUCGUCGUGGAUGUCGAGCAGGCCGCCUACAAGGGGAAUGGGAGGACCGUCAGCGGGGUACAAGUAGGUCACCAGUUUAUUGUCCUACCCGCUACGAGUCCAACAGACGACGGCCACGCGAGUGAGCACAAACGCACCUUCGCAGAGUCGCCCACCGGUCUCGCCAGCCGAGUCGACCUGGACGCCGCCAGCGAUGACGACAAGGUCGAUUGCGAAUGGCCGGACCUGCAGGAGCACGAGGUCGAGUCAGCGCUCCGUCUCGCGCGCCCUUUCGCCGCUGCCGGCCCCAACGGGAUCCCCAACUCCGUCCUCCAAGCCACCUGGCCUGCGCUCAAGACCCGCCUUGUCCCGCUCCUCGCCGCGUCGCUCCGCCUCGGACACCUCCCGACAAGUUGGCGCGAUGCGACCGGCGUUGUCUUGAAGAAACCAAAGAAGGAGGACUACUCCCUCACCAAGUCGUAUCGGUUGAUCUGCUUCGAGCGCUGCAUCAGCAAGCUACUCGAGUCAUGA